UACAUAUUUGUAUACAUAGAGGAUCAAAGUAAAAAAUAAACAUGUAUCAAUGAAAAGAAACUUUCUUGGAUAUGUAUGAAUUUAAUGUUUUAACGUACAUAUUUUAAAAGGAUCAUUGAAUCCGUUCGUUCAAAUAAACGGCAAUCCUCGCUAGGUUACACUCCUGAGACUAUUUAUUUAUAUUACAGUGUUAAAUUUCGCAAGGAUUAUCGCUGUAUUAUAAGAAGAUAGACGAACCAGUUUGCAACAGAAGGUGUUUGAUACGUGUUGAAGUAAAAAACUGUGUUUCAUAACGGAUGAAAAGAUCCUUUACGAUCGUUAAGAUGUUGUUCGUGCAAUCAUGGCCAGUGUUACUCGCGAUUCUUUUUCGUUUGCAAUUGGUGUAUGGCGGACAGUAUCUGUUAUAUGGUAACAAUAAUUAUCAGUAUGGUGACAAUAAUCGACCCGUAUUUUCUCAUACAAAUAUACCACCAAUGCCGAUUACUCCGUGUAAAAAAUGUGAACCAAUAAUACAAUACCAGGAAUGUAAAUCAAAUUCGAUACUACAUUUUGAGGGUAUUGGUAUAAAAACAGUUGGCGACUUUUUCGUUAAGAGUAAAGAAAUAAAGGAGUUGUAUCUCGACGACAACGAGAUCACGAAAAUCUCUAUUAAAGCAUUCGAUUCGUUGACCAAGCUGAAUAUUCUAAGCUUGAGUAACAACAACAUUUCCAUUGAUAAAAUGUUAUGGUUCAACCAGCAUGAUAAUUUGCGGGAUUUGAUUAUAAAUAACAACAAGUAUAAUGGAACUGACACUGUUAUAGAUAAAAUAUUCCAUCCAUUACCGAAAUUAGAACGUUUGUCCUUAAAAAACAACGGAAUUUCUAAUUUGAAUAUCUCGUUAAAAAAUUUCGCACCCUCUUUGAGAUCGUUGGAUCUAUCGGGAAAUAAUAUGAAAUCGAUCGAUUUUAUUGUUAACUUACCGGAAACUAUCUCUUAUUUGAAUUUACAUAAUAACUCGUUCUCGAGCAUAAAAAAAAAUUAUUUACACAAUAUUGAAAAUUUAAAGCUAAGUAACAAUAAGAUCACGGAAUUGUGCAGUAUAAAUUGCAAACAGUAUUCCUUCUUGUCGUUAGAAGGGAUGAGAAAAUUAUUGAAUCUGAACGUGUCCGGUAAUUAUAUCAAGACUGUUACGGAGAACGCGUUUAGAUACACGACGAAUCUUGUCUCGUUGGAUCUAUCCAGGAACGAGAUAGAAUCGCUUCCAGAGAAUAUUUUUAGAGGGUUAGAAUCCCUAUUGGAACUUCGAAUGAGCCACAAUCGACUUAUUUCCAUUCCGAAUAUAUGCGCGUUACAUUCGGUAAGAAACGUGGAUUUAAGCCAUAAUCGAAUCGUGGAAAUAAACAGCGACAGUUUCUGUUUCACGACGUUCAUUGAAACGCUAGAUUUGUCCAAUAAUCACAUCUUGAAUAUCAACAAUAAUUUCGAUAAACUGCAAACGUUGCAGAAACUGGAUCUUUCGAACAAUUUUAUCAAUAAACUUCCGAUAAUGUUGAUUCAAAGGACACAAUUUCUCGAAAUUCUUUUGCUGAAGAAUAAUAGCAUAACGAACAUCGAUGAUUUAUUAACUUUACAAUUGAGAACAUUACGCGAAAUACAUCUUGAAGAAAAUCCGUUUUUGUUCUUAAGAUUGAACAAUUCAAUGAUACAUAUAAAAGAAUAUAGAGAAAUGAAGAAUUGUGAUAUAGAAAUUGCUGAAAUAUUAAAAAAGCAUGUUGCAAGCAUCGAAGAAGAUGAUUCUUCGAACAAUGAAAGCAAUGAAAGCAAUGAAAUUUACUAACAAUAAUCUCAAUGAACUUUUACGGUCUUUUUCGUUUUUCGACGAGAAACGAUCCUUCUUACGAUAAAUUGAAAAAUCGAACAUUUGGAAAUGAAUUAUUUUUGGGAGAAAAUACAGACAUUAUAUUUAGUGAUCUAUAAUAAAUAAAAAAUUUAGAAGAAUCGCUAUUUUCAUAUAUUUGUAAUUUUUCAAUUUGCUUACAUUCAACUUACUUUUGUACAACUUUAUUUUAAUAAUCUUUUCUUUUAUUAUUUUUUUAUUAUUUUUGUCAUUUUUAUUAAUGGAUCAUUAAUACAUGCCCAUCGAAAUAAUACCAGUUUUGCUACUAACAAUUCAAACUAUCACUAAUCUUAAUUUUUUUUAAUAUUGUGAAGCAUAAUGUGAAGCAUAGAAUGAAACAAUAAAAUAAAAAAAAGUCAUCAAUA